GUGUGCUGGCGGAGGCGGAGCGUGGCUGAGGUUGAGGAGCUGGUGCGUCUGGUGGCGUGCGUCUCGUUAACUUUGGUCUCUGGCAGCUUCAUCAUGAAACGAGGGACGGACAGAGACAUGUCCCCGUCGAGUAAGAGAUCUAGAUCGAGUCUUGGAAGGUAUGAGGACAGCAGUGAGGACGAGGGGCGCCGUAGCAGCCGCGGCGGGAGUCCUGGACGCCGCUAUCCACCCCCUGAGCCCCUCCAUCGCUCAGACCGGGAUGAAUUUGGCCGGGGGCCUCGCGGGCCCCUGGCGCCCACCUACAAGGUACUGUGUGUCUCCAACCUCCACGCGAAGGCCAGUGAUGAAAUGGUGAGAGAAGCUCUUUAUCGCGAGUUUAAGAGGUUUGGAGACGUGAGUGUUAAGGUGUCGCUGGGUGCUGACGAGCGGCUGGCUUAUGUUUACUUCCGAAGCAGCGAGGAGGCCAGGGAAGCCAAGCACAGCAAGCCCAGGAUACUCUUCUAUGACAGACCUGUUGUUGUGGAGCCUAUGUACGAGGCGGUGAGGGACUACGGGCCCCCCAGGGGUCGAUCUCGCAGUCCUCCAGACUAUGACCGAGGCUACAGGCCCAGAAGUCCCCCCGGGCCAGACCUGGAGGAGCGCUAUGAACCCAGGUUUGAUCGCCGCAGACCGCCCCCGCUGCCUCAUGCAGACUAUUAUGGCGAGGGUCCACCAAUGAGACAAGAUGAUUAUGGCUAUCGGCAACACAGAGGUCGAGGGGGACCUCAUGGACAUUACGGCCCUCUGAUGCGUGGUGGGUUCAAGCAUAACUUUGGCAACCGUGGUGGGGGCGGUGGUGGAGGCGGCGGUGGGGGUGGUGGCGCGGGUGGUGGUGGAGGUGGUGGCGGCGGUGGUGGUAUGAUUGACAGUAAGAGAGACAAAUUCCCAAAUUACCUGCACCACGUACCCCCAGAGGAGGACCCCUUGGCAACUCGUACUUUGUUUGCUGGAAAUCUUGAGAUAAACAUAAGUGAAGAAGAACUACGGCGUAUUUUUGGACGGUAUGGUGUUGUUGACGAUAUAGAUAUUAAGCGACCUCCUCCUGGUACGGGUAAUGCAUAUGCCUUUGUAAGGUUUCAAAAUUUGGACAUGGCUCAUCGUGCAAAAAUAGAACUUUCUGGGCAGUACAUUGGCAAAUUUCAGUGCAAAAUUGGUUAUGGUAAAGUGAUGCCAACAACAAGGGUAUGGGUUGGUGGACUAGGACCUUGGACAUCAGUGACUCAGUUGACACAGGAAUUUGAUAGAUUUGGUGCUAUUAAAAAGAUUGAAUAUGUGAAGGGUGAAAAUCAUGCAUAUAUAUUAUAUGAAAGCCUUGAUGCUGCCCAGGCAGCUGUGAAGGAAAUGCGUGGUUCGCCAUUAGGUGGACCUGACAAGAGGCUCCGAACAGAUUUUGCUGAAGUAAAUCCACCCCCAGGGACCUUUCCCCCUGGAUUCAAGAAAGAGUAUGAGGGUGAGUACCGUGAAGACUGGGCUGCUACUGCAGGUGGUCGUGGCAGUGGAUAUGAAGAAUACGGAAGUGACUAUAGUGCCACAUAUGGACGAGGCCGCGGACGUGGGCGUGGCUGGCAUGACCGUGGCCGUGGUGGACAUCGUGGUGGAUAUCAUGCUGAUUACCAACGAGGAGAUUACAGGGAUUAUGAUGGUGCAUCUGAAGGUGGUGAUCAUCCCAAUAGAAGUCCUGAGCCUGGAGAGGGUGGUGAGACCAAUGGUCUUGGCAGUGCUCGUACCUUAGCGGAUGUUGCUCGUAAGACACAAACUUCUUGGCAAGGAGCACUUAUUCUUAAGAACUCGUCAUUUGGUACAAAAAUGCAUCUCAUUGAAGGUGACAAUGAAGUAGCCGAAAUGAUGCAAGAUGAAGAAGGUCGCCCACUCUUACGCAUCACCCAACGCCUUCGUCUCGACCAGUCACGUCUUGACGAUGUCAGUCGACGGAUUAGUGCACCAUCUACUGCCACUAUACUACUGUCUUUACCCAGUACAACUGCGCCACAAGCUCCUGAAGAAGCUGCUGUGCAAACACGACCUUUACGUAACUUGGUGGCCUAUCUUAAGCAAAAGGAAGCUGCUGGUGUGAUUACUUUAAAUGCUAGCAGCAAGGAAGGAAGCAUGCAAGGUGUCUUAUAUGCCUUUCCUCCAUGUACUUUUUCAUUAGAGCUUCUACAUCGUGUCUCUCCAGGCCUUACGGAGGAGACCACAAGAGACGACCAUUUGGUUAUCGUGAUUGUGCGUGGAACAGCAGCUUAAACAACACCCUACCUUUACAGUAUAGAUUGUUAUGGUGACGUCAUUAUUGUUGUUAAUUCCUAGUGUAAAUCGUGCUAAGUGACAAGUUAAAAUUACUCAAAUUAAAUUUUUUGCUUGAACAAAUACUGCCUUAUAGUGAAUUAUGUUCAGUAGAUCACAUUCAUAUGGAAGAUUUUGUUCCAUAAUCACUGAAAAUCAUGGUGUUUACUGUAUUCCAUCUUGACGAGAAUUCAUGUGUGUUAGCUAAACUUUUGAGUUUUAAGAAAAAUUUUGUUAUGUAAUCUAAUGCUUCUCGACAAGAAAAUUGUUAAUUGCAAAUUUUAAGUGACAGAAUUUGUUGCUUGUGUACUAUCUUCAGUGUAGUGCUAAUUUCUUUUUAAAAUACUGUGAAAACUUAUCGGUGUUUGAUUGUGCAUGUGAACCUGUUUUUACAGCGGUGAAUAUUAGUGAUAGUGAUGAAAGUAAAGAUUGUCAUGGAUAAGCUAAAAAUUUUCUGCUUUCAGUUUUGUGAAGUGUUUUAUUAGUGAAGUGAAUUAAAGUAUGUGCUUGUGGUGGUGGUAAUGGAUAACCAGUAUGCUUUAUUUGCAGUUAGUUAAGUGCUCUUGAUAACAGUGCUUUAAAAAGUGUCAUAUCAAGUGAAAUACUUUAAUUCAGUCCAGUGUGCUUUUAGCAAGCGAUUUCCUAUUCCAUAGUGUUUUAAUUUUCUUAAUAGUGAGUUUUGUGAGUGUUAUGAAAGAAGCAUCAAUGCUAAUAAUAGUGAAGUGGUUUAAAAAGUGCAGUGGUGUGAAAACAAAUAGUGAUUUUAAAGUGCUUCAGUGCUAAUAAAUAAUGGGUGGGCAGGUACAAUUGUAGUUUUAGAUUUGGGGAUUUGUUUACGUUUUUCAAAAGUGCAUCAGAUAGCCUAUCGUACAUUUAUUUUUUUUCUAAAUUCGAGUAGAGUAACUUCAAGCCAUCCCUUAAUCAUUUUUUUUUCUCUUUUUGAAUAUUUCCGAGAUUUAAAAUCUUUUUCUUUGAUUAUUGGCUUAUUUUUUGAACCAGCCAUUAUUAACAGACCUUCAUAUUUUCUGAUAUUUAUGGCAUUUAUUCACAUUCAGUGAAUUAAAUAUAUGUUUAAAAAUUUCAGUAAAUAUGAAGGAUUAUUAAUUGGGCCAAGAAUAAUCAAGGAAUGUGUGUUCUGCUCAUUGCUGCUAUCUGAUGUGAGUAGGGAAUCCCAGUAAUUUGUGCAGCACUUUGUAAGAAGUCCAAUGAUGUGCACCCAUGUUUCAGUUGCCUGAACCAUUUUGAUUAAUAACCCUUGACUUAAAAAGGAUGCCUGAGGAUCAAGCAUACAUUGUAUACAACCCCAGGAUACGGCACAAUUUGGAUACAAGCCUAUGGGGCACCAUGCUAUAUGAACACAGAAUAACGUAAUCAUAAAUGUCUGAGUAGUGCAAAGUUAUUCUUUUAUAGUAAAUCUAAAUAUUUCAGGGUCCCAUGUACCCAAUUAUGAUUCAAAGACAUGGUGAAAAGUACAUUUGUUGAAAAGUUUAACAAAAGACUUUGUUGUUCAUGUGAUUCAGAUAUGAAGGUAUUGCAAAUCCAAAUACAGUACUGUACUAUUUCAAUAUUGGUACAGAUUGCUGGACUUCUUUUAAAGGGUUGUGUAUUAUAAGGAUUUUUUUUACACUGAUCAGAUUUCAACAAUAUACAGAGCAUUGGUACAGCUAUAUCAAGGAUUCCCACUUUUCCCCCUUUAAUAAUGAGCUCUGCAUUUCAGUAACAGAUAUGGGGCCUUCGAAGGUGUCGUUAAUAGCAGCUUUCUCACUGUUUUACAGGUACGAAACCGACUUGCUGGAAUAAAGUUUCUAUAUACAGUACAGUACAUAAAUUCAGUGAUACAGUGUUUCAGAUACUAUAGUGUUUGUGAUUAGACGACUUUGGACAGUGCAUUGAAAGAACCAUUCACAAUAAUAUCUGCCUUGUGGAUAUGGGCUUCUAUUUUAAAAUCGUAUCGGUUAAAUUUAGAAUAGUGUGGAGUGCCGCAGUGCGUUGUGUUUUGGUGACUUACAGUGAAUACACUUGGGUGAUUGAUCUGGAAAAGAAGUUAGUGGGUAAAGUGAAUUUUUGCAGAAUUUGUGCAGCAGUGAAUUAGGUUUAAGGGCAUUCAAAUAAAUUAUACAGUAAUGGGUUUAAGGAUUCAGAUGAAACAGUAAUGCGAAUCAGUGAUCGGGGACUUGGGCAAAUUUUAUGGAAUAUCAAAGAUAGCAAGUGCAAUUGUGAUCAGUGCUGGGGGUGGGGGGGUGGAAGUGAAAUUCUUAAUUGUGCUGGGGCUAAUUGCAAAUUGUUUACUUGUGGGAGAAUUCUGAAGGUAAGUUAAAGGGAUUUUUAUAACUUCUUUGUGUUUUAGGGAAGUGCAGAAAAUUGGCUCUUAAUAUGGGAAAAGAAAAUUUCCUUGAGUUAGCCUAGUCAAAAAUAAAUCAAAUCAAAGUACAAACUGGAAAAUCAUAUGGAAGUUGGCUUUAACUGAAAUUAAACAUUUCAGUUAUGGGUGAAUUCAUCUUCCAAGUGAUUCUUUCAGCAGAAAGUGAAGUGCAGUGGAGAAUUUGAAACAUUAAUUUGUAUCAGUGCUUCUUUCAUAUACCUUACUAAUUUGGAGGUGCAGUUUUAAUGCGAAAGAUAUUCACCACAAUGAUCAAAGAUGUUUUAAGCGUUUGUUAAAGUGAAGUGUUUUUUAAAGCUCUUCCAAUUGAUAAAUAACUAAAUUUCCAGAGGAAAAUUAUUGAUUACUGAAAAGUAUUGUACAGUUCUUUAUUAUUAUAAGGUUUGUGAAAAGUGCAGUGUUGUCACACCUCCAAGGCAGUGAAACAAAACACUAGGAUUAUACAAUUAUAUAGUGUCAAUUUAUUCAGUGGUGUAAUAGUGAGUGUGCAGUGUGAUAUGUGGGAUUAAAUACUAGUGAAGUGAGACAGUGUGGUGAGUUUAAAGUGCAGUGAAUGGUGUUAGUGCAGGAAGACAGUGCAGUUAUAGUGAUAGUGCAGGAAAACAGUGAAUUGAGUGAUGUGUUUGCCAGUGCAGUGAGUAGUGGUAGUGGUACAAUGGUGAAUAUACAAAAUCAGUGUUUUUUCAGUGACGUGACACUUUACAGUUGUGAUGCAAUUCUUUUAGAUGUAAUUUAAUAUUUGAGCUUGCAUUCAUAUCGGGAGUAUUUUACCUACCAUACUGUUAAUAUAAAUGCUCAUAGCUGUUAGGAGUUUUGUUAAAGUCAUACACUCAAGCAGAUACUUCCAUAUUUGUAUGGUUAUAGAACAAAUAAAAUAAGAAUCUCCAA